UGUGUUUAAGUCUCUAUGGUCCCUUCACUCCUUGUCAGCUUGUCUGUGUAAUCCCUUGUGUUCUUCUCGUGCUAUUUAAUUUCCUGUUGGAUUUACUACCUGCUAUGGAUUAUCUGUUCUGUUCCUGUCUUAGUUCCUUAGUUUUCCUCGUGUAUAUUUUUCCUAUUUACCAUGCUCCUGGAUUCCUUUCUGCCAUCUGGUUCACCAAACUGACCCUAGCUAUCUUCCAGACUGCUAGCCUCUAUCCUGCCUCCCAUUCAGUGAGCUUCCGGCAAGCAUCCAGGUCGGCUAGCCUCCGGCAAGCAUCCAGGUCGGCCAUCCCUGCCAAGGCCUUGCCUGUUCCCACAUCAGGGGUCCCAGCCGAUGCCCCGCCAGUUCCUGAGCCAGCCAUUCCUGCCAACAUCCUGUCUGUUUCUGAGUCGUCCAUCCCUGCUGAUUUUCCUGUCCCAACCGACAUCAACCCUGUCCCUGAGUCAGCUGACAUCAAGCCUGCUCCUGAUCACCCAUCGGCACUAUGGCUGACCCCAGCUCCUGAUCUCCAGUUGCCUGCAUCCUUCCCCAACCUGCAGCUGACAGCUCCUGCCCUUAACCCUGCCUUGAUCUGCAACUGUAUCUUUUGGUACUGGCUAUCUCACCUGUGUCUUCGUCAGUCUCCAGAGCAGUCCCGUCUAUGGCACUGGCCUCCAAGUAUUCAUCCAGAGAGGCUGGUCGGCCUCCAGUUUUUGUUCUCGAGGGGACCAACCUCCACCAACACCCUCCCUAGACCUCCUGUUUGGUCUGACCUUCGCUGUCACCCUCCUGUUCGACCCCCAGAGGGGUCCCUCUGUCGGCCUCCAGAGGGGACCCACUGUUGCCAUCCUGCUAGGCUUCCAGAGGGGAAUCGCCUUCUAUGCCGCCCCCCUCCUCAGCCUCCAGGGAGAUCCUACCUUCGCAUUGGUCUCCAAAUACAGUCUCCCUGUCUGAAGCAGACCUGCUUUUGACCCUGCUUUUGUCUCCGCCCUCCUGAGCAGUCCUACCUUCGCCUCUCCCUUUGCCUGUCUGCCCCUGAACUGCCCACCCAAGGUCUCCUGCAUCAUUCCUCUU